CUGAUUCGUAGGCUAAAUUGAUUGCAUGUUGGGGAGAAAAAUAUAGGUCGUAAAGCAGGACCUGGCAACUUCGCUUAACAUCUUAUGGAACAAAACGUCCAGGGAAAAGAUAGACUUCGGUUAAGUCUUCCUCGGUUAUUGAUACUCAGUUUUAACCACUCUGUCCAUUUCAUGAAGUAUUUUCCUAAAAUAUCUGAAUAUCGCGAGUGCACCUCAUGGCCACUAGGAUCAGAGUCGUGGUCAUUUGACCUCACAACCAAAUCAUAGCUAGAAAAUUUAUGCACAAUCUAAUUUGGCUUUC